CCAAACCACCGACGCCAGCGAGAACCAUCCUCUGUUUCACUCUCUAUUUUAAAUCAAAAACACGAGAGUAAGCAAAGCUAAUAAGAGUAAGAAAAAUGGCAGGGAGUGGAGUAUUUAAAGAGAUAAUUGAUGAAGAUGGUGUGUACAAAUUCUACUUUGAUGGUGAAUGGAGAAAAUCUUCAUCAGGAAAGACAGUGCCCAUCAUCAAUCCGACUACCAGAGAGACACACUUCAGAGUUCAAGCUUGUACACAGGAAGAGGUGAAGAAGAUUGUAGAAACAUCAAAAGCAGUGCAAAAGUCAUGGGCAAAGACUCCACUUUGGAAAAGAGCAGAAUUGCUUCACAAAGCGGCUGCAAUAUUGAAAGAGCACAAAGCACCAAUUGCAGAGUGCCUUGUCAAGGAGAUCGCCAAACCUGCUAAGGAUGCAGUGACUGAAGUUGUGAGAUCAGGUGAUUUGGUUUCAUACUGUGCUGAGGAAGGCGUUAGGAUUCUUGGAGAAGGGCAGUUUCUGGUUUCUGAUAGUUUCCCGGGAAAUGAGAGGACCAAAUACUGCCUUACGUCAAAGAUACCCUUGGGGGUUGUUUUAGCUAUUCCUCCUUUCAACUAUCCUGUCAACCUUGCUGUUUCUAAAAUUGCUCCAGCACUUAUUGCUGGAAAUUCCCUUGUGCUCAAACCUCCAACACAGGGUGCUGUGGCCGCACUUCACAUGGUACAUUGCUUUCAUUUGGCUGGUUUUCCUAAAGGUCUGAUUAGCUGUGUCACAGGAAAAGGUUCUGAGAUUGGUGACUUCCUUACUAUGCAUCCUGGGAUCAACUGUAUUAGUUUCACAGGUGGUGAUACAGGAAUUGCAAUCUCAAAGAAGGCAGGCAUGGUUCCUCUUCAGAUGGAACUUGGUGGAAAAGAUGGCUGUAUCAUACUUGAAGAUGCUGAUUUGGAUUUGGCUGCAGCCAACAUUGUGAAGGGAGGCUUUUCUUACAGUGGUCAAAGAUGCACAGCUGUGAAGGUUGUCUUGGUCAUGGAAUCUGUUGCCAAUACUCUUGUUGAGAAAGUUCAAGCGAAAGUCGCAAAAUUGUCUGUUGGUCGGCCUGAGGAUGACUGUGAUAUCACUCCAGUUGUUACGGAGUCCUCUGCCAACUUUAUUGAAGGGUUGGUAAUGGAUGCCAAGGAGAAAGGAGCAACAUUCUGCCAGGAGUAUAAGAGGGAGGGAAACCUCAUAUGGCCUUUGUUGUUAGAUAAUGUUCGACCUGAUAUGAGGAUAGCAUGGGAGGAGCCUUUUGGUCCUGUUUUGCCGGUUAUCAGGAUAAACUCGGUUGAAGAAGGAAUUAAUCAUUGUAAUGCUAGCAAUUUUGGUCUUCAGGGAUGUGUCUUUACAAGAGACAUAAACAAAGCAAUUUUGAUCAGUGAUGCAAUGGAGACAGGAACAGUUCAGAUUAAUUCAGCACCAGCUCGUGGACCGGAUCAUUUUCCUUUUCAGGGUCUGAAAGACAGUGGAAUUGGUUCCCAAGGAAUCACCAACAGUAUCAAUAUGAUGACGAAAACCAAGAGCACCGUUAUCAAUUUACCAACCCCAUCUUACACCGUGGGUUGAUACUUGAUAUGGCCAUUAAAGUGAUAAGUUAUGUUUCUUGUAUAAAGUGAUGUCCCUAUUUUACAAUAAUCAGCAAAUAAUAUCACCCCUGCAAUGUAUGUUAGCUUGUCAGCAGGAGCAGCUUUCAGCAACUGAGAUGGAGGCAUGGACCAUAUGUUUUAAUCUUGAGAUUUGUUGUGGAAUAAAAUUAUGAUCCCUCUUAGGAAUGCUUGUUCUAUGUUCUACCCCAGUACCCCUGAUUGUCAGAGUUAAAUCUAUGGUGGUCCCUGAGGAAUGGCCUAAGUUUACAUAAGGUCCAACA